AUGGGUUGCAUAUUCAGCAAAAGACGUACUCACCCACCUCCCAAAUUGAGCUCCGAUUCGCAAAUGAAACUUGGUCUUAUCUCAUACAUGGCCGCUUGUAGAGCCAAUUCAGACCAUGAAUCUCUAAACUCGAAGCCCCAGCAACGCACCACCCGAGUUAUCAGCACUAUCGCCGGCGGCGUCCAGAUUCGAUCUCUUUCUUUGUACUCUCUCCGAGAAGUUCCCGGUUAUCUCCUCGAAAAUAACGAAGAAGUGGUGAACGCAGUUCUGGGGCAUAAAAAAGAAAUUUGGGAAAACCCAGAACUUGUUGAUCUAGUCAAGGACUAUUUCGAGAGCAGUCCCAGCGACAGGCAGGCCAUUGUUCAAGCCGCGUUAAACCAAUUUGAUGAAGAGCACACAGAAGGGUUUCCUGGUGAAAAAUCUUCGUAUUCAAAAACUUUACCAGAAUUUAAGAAUAUACAGGUGGCCGCUGACUCAUUUGAUGAUGAGUUUUUCUCGUCGUUUCAAUCAGUUUACCAACGACAAUGGAAAUUACUACACAAAUUGCAAGUUGAAAAAGAUAAACUCGAUAGAAAAUUGAACUCAAAGAUUGCAUGGAGGAAGGCCUCAAAUGUGCUAUUUGGGGUCACUUUUGUUGCGGUGCUGAUUUGCUCUGUGGUUGCUGCGGCCAUGUCGGCGCCACCAGUGGUAACGGCUUUGGCCGCCGCGGCAUCUGCAUCAUUGGGUUCAACGGGUAAAUGGCUGGAUUCGACUUGGACAAAUUGUGUGAAAGUAAUCGAAGAACAAAAGGAGAUAAUCAGAUUGAUCCAUGUUCACACUGAGUACUAUGCGAUUGAGGGGUUGAAAACCAUUGGUGAGCUAGUGAAUAAGUUGGAAGAGUUGAAGUCGUUGUGGGGUGUGAUUGAUCAUGGUUUGAAAAAGGAGGCGGCUGUGGUGAUGGUGGUUAAUGAGAUAAGUAAGAAGCAAGAUGUGUUUGUACGAACCGUGGGUGAGUUGACAAGAAAUUACAAGAGCCAGGAAGAGGAUCUUUGA